ACUAAAGGAGCUGCACCCCCAGUGAGGAAGAGCUGCACAGUCAGACCAACAUCUUACAUGGGGCCUCUGUGUUGAUGUGCUGCUCCUGUUCAUUCCCCUACAAUGAUUGGACUAACUCACAUUGGUACCUAACCAGAUCCGGGUGGACCUGUGGAGAAUGCAACGGAGCAAAGGGCUGUUUAAAUUCACAUCAAAACAACAAGCAAACAGCCAAAUAAACAGGGCAGCUGUUACUGGAUAAAGAAGGUUGUCACGAACAGUCAUGGGCUGUGGCGUCUCAAAGUCCAACCAGUUCCACAAACACUCCAGGAAAGCUGUCACCACUAUAAGGGCCGCUGUCCUAAUUCAGCGAUGGUACCGGCAAUAUGUUGCUCGCACAGAGAUGAGGCGGAGAUACACUUGGCACAUCUUCCAGUCCAUCGAAUACUCUGGAGAACAGGCCCAGAUCAAGCUUUAUAACUUCCUCGGCUACCUCAUGGACAAUUUCACACCAUCUAGCACAGAACGAAAUUUGAUCUCGCAUAUCUUUAGAGAAAAUGAUGUUUGUUGGGAUGCAGAAUGGGAGAGGUACUUCUGCUUCAAGAACAUCGAAGUGCCGGAGGUUUACUCAGGGCCUCAUCUCACCUUCCCCCUGACGGUGGAGCAGACAGUCGGCCUGCUGGAGGCCUUCAGGAACAAAAAACAGCUGCACUCUCGCUAUGUUCUCGAGAUGCUCCUGGAGACGUGGAAGCUGCUCCGCAUGUUGCCAAACAUCAACCGCAUCUCCACCUGCCAAAGCAAAGAAGUCACUAUCUGUGGUGAUUUGCAUGGACAGCUGGAGGAUCUGCUGCUGAUUUUUUACAAGAAUGGCAUGCCAUCCCUAGAAAAGCCCUAUGUGUUUAAUGGAGACUUUGUUGACCGAGGAAAAGACUCCAUCGAGAUCCUCCUCAUCCUGUUUUCGUUCAUGCUUGUUUAUCCAUGUGACGUCUACUUAAAUAGAGGAAACCAUGAGGACCAUAUCAUCAACCUCAGGUAUGGGUUCACCAAGGAGGUGUUGACUAAAUACAAGAUUCACGGCAAGCGGAUCCUAAAGCUGCUGCAGAAGAUUUUCAGCUGGUUGCCGUUAGCAACUGUCAUCGAUCAGAAGGUGCUGGUCCUCCACGGAGGUAUCUCCGACUCUACAGAUCUCUAUGCCCUGGCCAAAGUGAGCCGUCAUAAAUAUGUUUCAGCUCUAAGGCCUCCAAAGAGAAGGAACAACAGCUCACCAGGUAUGUCCAUCGACAUAGACAUGGACGACGUACUCUGGAACACCAGCAGGAUCUACCAGCGCCAGGCCUCCUUCACGUAUCCUAAACCCAUCGGACCGCGGAACUGCUUCCACAACCGCUCGCUGCAGGACUUCUCCACCCGGAUCAAGGUGAACAUGGAGAAUGAGCUGGAGAACAGCAAGAGGAGAGAGGUCAUACUGGCAGCAGCACUCAACAGAUCACAGCAAGACAUUUUGUCUGUGUCCACAGACUCUGUGAACAGUCACAAUGCCAAGGAGGAGUGGAGGCAGAUUCUGGACCUGCUGUGGAGUGACCCGAUGAACCGGGACGGCUGCAUACCCAACGAAGUGAGGGGUGGAGGUUGCUACUGGGGCCCGGAUAUCACUGAGAACUUCCUGAACAGACACAAUAUGCAGCUCAUUAUCCGCUCCCAUGAGUGCAAACAGGAGGGCUACGAGUUCUGCCACAACCGGAAGGUCCUCACUCUAUUCUCUGCCUCAAAUUAUUACGAUGUGGGAAGCAACCGGGGGGCCUAUGUGAAGUUGGGUCCAGAUCUUGUGCCUUAUGUGAUUCAAUACCAGGCAAGCAGCAUGACCAGAGAACUCACUGCCGGGCAAAGUGUCGGACGAACUGAACGCUCGGCCCUGAAAGUCCUGCGGGAGCAGCUGUUUGCACACAAGUCCGACAUCCUCUGUGCCUUCAAAAAGUUUGACACCACAAACACAGGUUUAGUGUCCCUGAACGAUUGGUCCUCAGCGGUAGAGAGCGUUAUGCACCUGAAUCUGCCGUGGAGGAUGCUACGCUGUCAGCUGGUCACCUGCAAGACGAGUGAUGGCAUGAUCAACUACUGCGACUGGUUCAAUGAGCUCGCCAUCAAAGGGCCCAACACAGAUCACAUCGACCAGAGCCUGCUGGAGACUUUGUACCGCCAUCGGUCCACUUUAGAGACCAUCUUCAGGAUUGUAGACACAGAAAACUCAGGGUUCAUCAGCAUGGAGGACUUCCGGCAGACCUGGAAGCUCCUGAGCGUGUACCUGAAAAUGGAGAUCACUGAUGAGGACAUCUGCAACCUGGCCGUGACUAUUGACAGCAACCACGAUGGCAGCAUAGACAUCGACGAGUUCAUGGAGGCUUUCCGGCUAACGGACAAGAAGAGCCGGCUGGAACGGGGACGCAGCAUGUUCAUGGGCACAGUGUCAGACCUCACCAAGCUGGAGGCUGACCCCAACUUAUGACCUGGACAUUGAAAACAGACUCCACAGAGGUGAAGCAGCUCACAACUGCCAGCUGCUUUGAUGACGCACACAAAGACGCAGGAUGUCACUGAGCAGCAGCUGUGUGGAUCACAGGGGAUUAGGUUGAGCUCAGAGGUCACUGUGUUUGGUGGUGAAGGUUUAUUUCAGCAUGUGAAGUGGCGUUAUUCAGAGGAAGCAAUAUAAUUUUUUUUUAGUAGGUACAAAAUUAAAUAAUGUAAUAUCUGGACUGUAUUAUUAAAAAAAUAAGUGUUAGACAAUGAUUAUAUGUUUGGAUUAGUCUUGAAUGUCCAACAAAGGAUUGCUGUAUUUUUAUCAAGAACACAUGUUUCUUAACCAAGUAAAAGACUAUACAGGGACGCACACAUUUAUUUACACAUCUGGUGAAUCUUUGUAAAUAGCCUUGAAAUAAAUUCAUAUUUUAUCAUGUUGGAA